AUUUUGCUAAUUUGUGUCUUGUUAGAGAGCUACAGGAAAAUGUCCACACUGGAGUGUCUUUUUUUGGUCGGUUUAAACCGGCUUUUACUGCGUAGACGUGGCUGUCGUAGCUGAGCUCGCUCUCCGUUCGCGAGCGCUCCUUUGUGUCCUCCAUUGCUCUGGUGACAGAUCAACGAUUACUCAGCGAAGCUAAAGCCAACAACCCGGCCGACGGCUAGCUGCUACAGUAAACGGUCACGUAAAGUGACCCCACUCCCAAACUACAAUCUGUUUGAUCUGCGUGUCCGUUCGUUACUCUUUAAGUGGAGAUAGCUGUGCGUCUUCAGCAUCGCUGUGGCUUCCGUUAACAGAAAGCUAAAGCUAAACCGCAGCACAGCCUACGGAAAUACUCUGCUAACACCACAGUUUCUCUUUGCCUGCGUUUAACGACACCUGACGCGGAAACCGAAGCCGACUCACAGAAAAUGAAAUUCUGUGGGCUGUGGAAAGAGACCCUGGUUUUGGCCGAGGACUACCUGUCCUUUUGCUGCACGAGUCCACAUCAAGCCCCUCCACCUCCCAGCGAAUCAGCCGCUGCCAUGAGGCGUCUAGGCUGGGACAUCGAAAGACAGCACCAAGCUCGCUUCGACAACCUCGCUCAGACCUUCCUGGUGCAGUGUGGACCGGACCACUGCCUCAGCCUCAGAAAGGUGAUGAAGGAGCUGGUUGGAGAUGGACACUUGAACUGGGGGAGGGUUGUUUCUCUUUUCGCCUUUACUGGAGUGCUGGCCAGAAAGAUCCUGGAGCAGAAGCCGGGGCUGGACCCUCGUCAACAGCAGGAACUGGGACAGGAGCCCAUGAGCUGCAGAAGGCUGGCAGAGACCAUAGCUGAUUACCUGGGAGAAGAGAAGAAAGACUGGCUGUUGGAUAAUGAUGGAUGGGAAGGCUUCUGUAAGUUCUCCCGCAGUGCCAGAGAAGUGAGCCAGGACUCAUCCAUGAAGAAAGCGCUGUUUGCUGCCGCCGGUGUCGGCCUUGCUGGGCUUACCUUCCUCUUGGUGCGCUAGCUGGCAUUCUCCACACUUGAUGCAUCCACAUAUUUUAAAAUUCGGCACGAUUUCGUAAACGUUGGACAACGUCCGGCGACCACUCUGCAAAAAGGGCCCUCUGUAGUGAAAGAACGUUAUUUCACAAUGUUACGGUAAUGUUUGCACAGUCUCGGAGCCCCUUAAAACUGACAUUCGUCGCUUGCCCCUAAAGAUUGUAAAACCAAUUUGAAUGCCUUUGGAAAUGUUGCAGUGAGUGAGAUCAGUUUACAUAUCCUGGCUGAUGUUUUUUUUUUUUCUUUUUUUUGCAGUGAAGGUAAAAAGCUUCAGAUUUUGAUUUCAUGAUCCUCUGUCCCUCUUUUUUUUUUUUUUAAAAAUGGUAUAGAGGCAUUCCAGAGUAAAAUGUAAAAUUUAAUAUAUUGUAUUUAUAUGAAACCAGUACACUGCAGUCUGCCGUUUGUCCUGAAUUCAUAUGAACUGUAUAAUUUUUGCAAGAUCAGCAACGCUGUUCUGUACUCCCAUGCAACGGUGCUAGAUAAAACAUUUCUUUGUCAACUUACCAAAAAGCAGGGACCAUUCUGAAUAAAAAUAGAUUACUCCUGGGAAAAAAAUAAAAUUCCUCCAAAUUAUAUUUUUACAUUGUUUCUAAUUUAUUUUGCUUUUUUAAAUAAAAGUGUUUAUUAAAUGUUGUCAUGUUUUAUUUUUUUCCUCCCCUGAAUGUCUGUGCCGGAGGUCAGGAGCGUGACAGGGAAAUGUAAAUGACAGUCCCUCCUUUCAUGUGCAGACACAUUUUCAUAAAUAAGAUAUAUCCUGCUGUCUCUCCUGUGCUCCUCCACUUAAACAACAAGGGUUCACAAAAAAAUCCAUCUGGUGGACGCUCAAACUCAAAUCCUGUUGUGCUGCACUAAAAAAUGUUUUAGUGCAGCACUGAAUAAAGAGAAAUU